AAUUGUAAUCGCACAAAUAAAAGAAGAUGAGAGCCUAUGAAAAGUGAGAGGGCAGAGAAGCCAGAUCCAAAGAAAGAGCCAAGGAAAGAGGGGAAUAUAAUUCUAGAAAGAAAAAGAGACCAGAGCAGGGGAAGCUAAGGGGAAGGGGAAUAGAAUUUUAAAAGGAGACUAGAGAAAUGGAGAGUGAAACCAACAACUUCAUCAAGGUAUGGAUCUUAACCAACAUUUCUCUGUGUUAUUGUUUCUACAUAUCAUCUAGAAUCCCAAAGGGCAUCCUCAGGCUCAUCUCUCUCCUCCCCAUCUUCUAUCUCUUCAUCAUGCUCCCCUUCAACCUCCACUCCUUCCACCUCGGUGGUCCCACCACCUUCUUCCUGGUUUGGUUUGGCAUAUUCAAGCUCCUCCUCUUCUCCUUUGACCUUGGUCCUCUCUGUGCACCCCCACCAACUCUUUUCCAGUUCAUCUCCAUAGCUAUCCUCCCCAUCAAAAUCAUACAAAACCCCACAAACUCUGAGAACCCAAAUUACCCAGUUGGUAAAACUGUUACAAACAUGCCUAAAAUGUCGGUUUUGUUUGCUGUAAAAGCCUUGCUUUUGGCUUUGGUCGUUAGGUCAUACGACUACAGGCAACGUUUACACCCCUAUGUUAUAUUGGCCUUGUACUUCUGCCACAUGUACUUGGGGCUAGAAAUUGUAAUGCCCCUGUGUGCGACCCCAGCCCGAGCUCUUUUCAGGUUUGAACUCGAGCCGCAGUCCAACAAGCCUUACCUUUCCACUUCCCUUCAAGACUUUUGGGGCCGUAGAUGGAACCUCAUGGUCACAAAUAUUCUACGGCCUACCACGUAUGAUCCAGUGCUCCGUAUUUCGAAGCGUGUGGUCGGGCUUCGGUGGGCCCGAUUUCUCGCUCUGAUGUCUGCUUUUGCAGUCUCAGGUCUAAUGCAUGAGGUGAUUUAUUAUUAUCUCACACGUGUAUCUCCUACAUGGGAAGUGACGUGGUUCUUUGUGCUACAUGGGUUGUGCGUGGCAAUCGAGGUGGAGGUGAAGAAGGCGGUGGCCGAGAGAUGGCGGUUUCACCCGUUGGUUUCGGGGCCGUUGACGUUGGGGUUCUUGGCUGUGACAGCCAAUUGGCUGUUCUUCCCUCAGCUGCUGAGAAAUGGCGUGGAUGUCAAGGCUAUAGAUGAGUAUCCAGUUAUGGUAGAUUUUGUCAAGGCACACAUGCCCUUACUGUCAUGAAAAAGACCUAUCGCUCCAAUUUGUGUGUUUUCUUAUGAAACGUAUCAUCAUACACUUUAUUUCUUUUUAUUGUUGUGUAUGAGAUUUAAAUUCAGAAGCUUAUUUAGAAAAAUAAUAUUCGAGUGUCA